AUGAAGCUGGAGGUGUUCUCGCAGCACUACGAGGACAAGCUGAACGCCGGCAGCGAUCAGGAAGGCAGCGGCUCGCUCUCCCCGGCGCCGGCCGAUAGCGAGCUGGGAUCGGACGGGGACUGCGCUGCCAACAGCCCGGGCGGCAGCACCGGCAGCUCCGGGCGGCCCCUGCCGCCGACCCCAGCCCCGCAGCCGCCGCAGCCGCCGCCGCCGCCGGCUCCGGCCGAGGGAGGCAAGGGGAAGCCGUACACGCGGCGGCCCAAGCCGCCCUACUCGUACAUCGCGCUGAUCGCCAUGGCCAUCCGCGACUCUGCCGGGGGCCGCCUGACCCUGGCCGAGAUCAACGACUACCUGAUGAGCCGCUUCCCCUUCUUCCGCGGCGCCUAUACGGGCUGGCGCAACUCGGUGCGCCACAACCUCUCUCUCAACGACUGCUUCGUCAAAGUGCUGCGCGACCCGGCGCGGCCCUGGGGCAAGGACAACUACUGGAUGCUCAACCCCAGCAGCGAGUACACCUUCGCCGACGGCGUCUUCCGCCGCCGCCGCAAGCGCCUGAGCCGCGCCGCCCCGCCGCCGCCGCCGCCGUCCGCCCGCCCAGCCGCCGCCGCCCCUCAGCCGCCGCCGCAGCCGCCGCAGGAGGCGGCCGGAGCGGGCGCCGCGUCCCCCGCCGCUACCGAGCAGGAGGAGGAGGAGGCGGCAGUGGGCGGCGGCGGGGCGGCAGGCGGCGGCGCCGCGGUCUCCAGCUCUUUCGCCAUCGAGAGCCUCCUCCGGCGGCCGGCCGGGCCCCGCGCCGCCCCGCAGCCCCCGCCGCCCGCCCGCUUCGUGUGGCCGCCUCCCGCCGCCCCGCACCUGCUGCCCGCUCAUCACUACCCGCUGCUCCCUUACGCUCAGCCCUCGCCGCCCGCGGCCGCUCUCUACAGCGGGGGCCUGGUGCAGCUGUGCGCCUACGGGCUGGGCGAGCCGCCGCUGCUGCUGGGCGGCCCCCAGGGGCAGCCGCCGGCGGAGCGCUCGCGGGCACCGCUCUUCGCCGGGGCCGCGCUCCCCGGGGGAUCCCCGACCUACAUCCCGCUCCGGGCGCCGCGGCCGGGGAGCUCGGCCCCGUUCCGCCCGUACGCCGUGGAAACCCCCCUGGCGUAA